AAUAUGUCCAAGCAAGGAAGUCCAGAAAGACAAAGAAUCCCUAAAGCAGGAUUUCAGUCUAAACUCUCAAGGUUUUCACCUACAGGGAAAAGACUUCUCACUAGCAGUAGUCAGAAGCGAAAGAGAGUAUUCAAGAGGCCAAGAACAACCAAUUCUGUUAAGAGAAUUAUCAUACAGAAAAAUAAUGAUGUAAGUGCAAGAAAGGAUAUCAAGAAGACAAAAUUUGCCCCUUCUGAGAACCUUAAGCGUAUUGCCUUGUCAAAGUCAAGAAUUCCUUCCAGGAAAACCCAGAGAGGAACUUCAAGUGAUUAUUUUAACAGAGUUGCUCACCAGCAUAAAACCUCACUUCAAAAGAGGCCAAUGACACAGAAUUCUGGCAGGAGGUCUAUUCACCGAAAUAUGUCUGCUGCAAAGGUUUUUAAGAAAACCAAUAUCUCAACUGAGGAGUCUAGGCAGAUCAAAACUGCCUGGGGAACUAUGUCAAACAAUUUUUCAACAGCAAAGAUUGACAUGAGUCAACUAGGUUGUUAUACAGAAAGGAAUCAGAACAACACUUUAAUCAGAAAAAGAUUGAGCGAUGCCUCCCGAAACCAAAACACACAACUAGCUAGCUCUACUAUAGGAGAGAAUUUGACGUUGAUGCCUACAUUUGACCACAUUUUAUCGAGAAAUGCGUUGCCAACGCCAAUAGAUGAUAAAUAAAUAUGCCACAUUAGAAAAUUGCAAAGACCAAAUCAAAAUUUGUGCUUCAAGACUUCACGGAAUUGCUGAAUCUUCUAAAUACGAGAUUCAGGAAAGAACUGUAAAUAUCCUAAAUAUCAACUCUUUGAAGGUGGCUUAUUUUAAAAUCCACUGUUAUGGAAGACAGUCUCCUCUUUCAAUCAAAAUAAUUCAGGAUAAAAUAAGACCGACUCCUGGUAUCUUGACAAUAUAUACAUCCUUUCAUAAGGAGUUUCCGGACGGCUUAGAAAAUGAUAGUAUGUUUACAGAUGGGAAGAACAAGAUUUAUGCUCCUAAAAAUGCUAGAACAUUUAACAACGACUACUGCUAUUUCUCAGUCCUGUCAACUAUCCGUGCAACAUUUUGCUGUGUGUAUUAUUUCAGUACGGUAAAUCCUAUCUCGCUUGUCUGGGAUAAGGACAUUGGAUCCUACAAGAUCGGAGACGGUGGUCAAGUAGAGGUAAAAGUUCCAAGAAAUCCAGAGAAAUGGCUCAGUAUUGGGGAAAGAAACGAGAACUAUAUCAAACAAUGCCUCGAGUCCGAACCUGGGUACAAAAUGCUCGAGGAAAAGACAAAAACUAUCUUCUCAGACAGAGAUAAGUAUUUCCAGAAAAUGAGAGCUGUUAACAGUCAGAAGAAGUUAAAAGUCAAGAAAUAUUACAACAAGAUUAUGCCAGAAGGAAUGUCCAUUCAGGAAUAUAAGAUCAGCAUGGCAAGGAAGCGUAAAGAGGAAAAAGAGCAAAAUAUGAGGAAAAGAAUGAUCUUUAUGGCAAAUAAAUGGGAUUAUAUCAAAGAAGAAAACCUGAAAGCUAAAGCCAUACAGGACAAAAUUAAGAGUGAGCGGAAUUAUGUUAAGAUAUGGACUGGUUUCAAAGCUCUACAUAAUGGCAUCAAGAACCUAAGUCAUAUUUUUGGGAUAAAGAAAGUAGAAGAGAUCAAGAGAGCAAGAUCCUUGCUGAUAGCUAAUAAGAUCAAUUAUUUAUUCAAAAAGAAGCAAAUGAGGAAAGGUAGUAAUUUGUCAACUAGACUAAUGGAUAUUGCUAGGCAUUCGUUAGUGCUUACCAACCAAGUACUGGAACAAAACUGUCACCUCAAAGCUAAAAGAAUACUUGUCCACUUUAUGAAAGACCUCAAGUGGAAAAGAACUCUCUCGGUCAAUUGUAUUGACUGUUGGGCCCAGAUUCUAAAAGUGAGGCAUAGAUUCCUACACAUUAUAAAAAUGACCAGGGAGAGGAUGUCUUUCCUGACCGAGAAAUGGGAGGAACAGAAGAGUUUGCUCAUUAACGAGUAUGAAAAAGAUAUUAUCCAGCAUAAAUCCAAGACUGCUAGGAAGAUGCGGAAAUAAGAUCAGAGAUAUCAAGGAUGGCUUGCGAUACAUCUGCCUGAAGCUCUACCUCAACCAAUGUAGGACAGAGCACAAUAUCGCCUUCUUUGAAUGGAGGAAGAACUUCAAAGAGGAAGCUAAGGAACUUAUCAGCAAAUAUUCUGAUAAAUUGAGACGUAAAAUAGAAGAAGAGGAUAAUAAGGUGGAAGACCGUCAGGAGCUGGACAAUGAACUUCUUGGGUUUAAUUUGGGACAGAAGGAUGAAAGUUUAGAAGAGCUGAGUGCCUCUUUGGCUACGAAUGCUGGAAAGAAAAAGAAGAAAAAUAAGAAGCAAAGUUUGAAAUUGCUAUCUGUUUUGGAUAGGCUAAAAAUACGGGAUGACCCAGACGAGCAUUUUGAAAUAGAUGAUCUAAAUAUGAUUGGAAUUAAAUCUGAUGCAGAACCCAGAAAAAGAAAAUAGAAGAGGAUCAAAGCUUUUUAAGAGCUCUCCUGGCAAAGGAAAAAUACUUUCAAGCAUUGCAAAGAAUAAUUCGGUACCAAAAUAAUGUCAGAGAAGAAGAUUUCUUCCUCACUAACCUCGACAUGCCCUCUAAAAGGAUGGCUGGGCAAACUUUUUAUAAAACAAAUAAAUUUGAAUUUGGUCAGAAACAGGAACAAGGUGAAAAACAUCAGAUUUACAAUGAAAAGGACUUGAUAAAUACAGGAACUGGCUAUAAGAUGCCUCCAAGGUUCCUCUGGAUUCCUUCGAAUCAUUUGAUUAGAGUGGCUAUCGUCCGAAUUUGCUUUAUCAAAGAUAUGGAACAAUUCUUAGAGGAUAAUAUGAAAGUCAAGUGAGAAGUCACAGCUGAAGGAAUUGAAAUCCUUAAGCCUACUAUAGAAACAGUAGCUAAGAAUUUGUAGAGAGUUCAAUGCAUUCUUAAAA